AUGCACUAUGGCAGCACAUUGCGCCACGCAGCCCUGCUCGUUCUCUUCGGACUGCUGCUGCUCAUCAGCGUCCUGCACGGCAACCUCUUCGACGAUGUUGAAAACUCGCACGCCGGGGAAAUGCAGGAGCUUCGUGGUGAGGCGCACAGCAUGGGGACGCUCCUGUUUACGCCUCGAGUGCACCGGCGAGUCGUGCCGCUUGCACUCGACCAGCGUGAAUUCCCGCACGUGACGGACACCUUUGUCGCCGAGUACAUCAACCGCACUGUACCACCACAGCUCAGCGAUGUGCGUGAUGUCCGCACCCUGGUGUCGAAAGACUUCUUCGAGCAAAUACAGUUGUGGCGCCGGCCCGGCAGUGCCGCCGCGCAGGUGUCAAAACUCGUGGACGCAUUAGCAAAGAACGAGCGAGUGGAGGCGCGUGCAGAGGCGCUCUCCAAUCGCCAGCGUAAGUCUUGGAAAACCCGGCACCCUGCCACGUCGCUGUUCAGCUUCUUGACUGGCAGCCACAGAGAGGAGGACGAUGAGGUCCCUAAUGAUGAUGUAGUUGCCGAGGAUGUGGUGAAGGUGCCUUACCCAAGCAGCUUGGCUCUGCAUUAUCACGGCUCGUCAGACUUAUCCUCUCUCGCCUUCAACGACGUCCAGCUCGUGCCCUACCCGUUGGUGCCGCCGCCGCACGCCGACAUGAUCGUCAAGCCGGAGUGUACUGGCGAGAAUGCCGAGAGCCGGACGGCUGCAGCGGAGGCUGUGGCCAUCGACUGCGGUACCGAUCCCGCCGUCGUGGUCACCAUUCCAAAAGGCAAGCGCCGCUAUGCUAUGCCGCAUCGCAAGACCCCGCACAGGCCCACUCACGGUUGGGAUCACUUCUAUAUUGCCCUAAAUCUGUGGAAAAACGAAGAGGUGCUGCCUGACCUUACCGAGGCGCUGAUCGUCUUUCUGGAAGAAGAUGUGAAGCCGUUCUUCGACCUCGCCACCUCUGUUGUCGUCGCCAUCUACUCCAACAUAUCGCCCGAUAGGACGAGCGAGCUUAUCGCCACGCUCCUCAUCCCGCGACUGCACGCUGCCGGAGUGCGGAACGUCUACGCGACAACGGAAGGCACCUGUCUCGGCUACGUGGAGCGUCAGCCCUUCCACGAGCGCAUUGAGUGGAUGGCGUGCAUCCGGAAUAAAGCGCUCGAGCCGCUCUACGAGAAGGGCAUGAAUGUGUUUGGAGGGUCGCAGCAGCAGCAGCAAGAGCAGCAGGCUGAUGUAAAUGGUGACGCAGACGGUCUUGUAGUUCUCUUCUUCAAUGAUAUCCUCUUCCAUCCUCAGGAUAUUACGGCGCUUCUAGAGAGCCGUGCCGAGGCACGGAUGGCGGCGACAACGCGGCCACACGGCUGGCUAUCCUCAGUUAUGAAGACGAAACACGAGUCUGCGGAGGUUGCUGAUGCUGGCAUUGGCGGCAAGGGCAAUCUAGAAAAGCGUCACGUGAGCACAACAUCGCCGCUUCCAUCCGGUGCCACAUCGACAACGCCUCCCACAACCUUCGAUAUGGCGUGUGGUAUGGACUUCUACUUUACCUUCUAUGACACGUGGAUCACGCGCGAUCGACUUGGCAAGCCCUUCAAGCCGCAGAUGCCUUACUCGGACGACCGUGCCACUCAAGAGGCAUUCUACCGCAUCUUCAAUCACGAGCCCAGCGGUGGCUAUGCACCGGAGACGAGUGCCAUCCCAGUCAAGUGCUGCUGGAACGGCCUCGCCGCCAUUCGCGGUCGCUUCUUCCUCCCCCCGACGCCGCAGCAUCGCCUCGAAUUUCCCGCCCAGGAUGCUGCAGAGACGACAGUGCGACCCCCGCCGGUGACAUCGUCUAUGCCAGCCACUGCCGGAGACGCACACAACGCUACUGCUGCUGCUGUUGCCCCUCCCCCUGAUGUGCUGCUGCGCCCCUCAGGUGCAAUCUACGACCGCGUUGGUGACAUCCACGACUUGCUCAACACAACGACGCUGGCGCGCUACUAUACACGCUUACUAACCCGCCGCCUGCAGUCGGAGUGUGCGUCGUGGAGCUCGACGCGCCGCGAGAUAGCCGAGGUGACAGACGUGCCUUUCUACGAGCCGGAGACAUGCGACAACAGUAGCAGUUUCGAGAGUCUUCUGCAGUCCGUGGUGAACCACGAGGCGUGGUGGUCUUCGGCGAGCAACGCGGACUGGACGCGGCUGGGGCUACGGAUUGAAAACCGCACGGUCCUCAUCGCCAACGCGCCAGGUCCGGCGCAUUGCGUCGACGCUGCCGUCAAGGCAGAGGGCAUGGGCGAUGAGGAGUCUGCUGCGCCGGCAGGGCUGCGCGUCGAGGAGGACAGCGUCUACUACCGUGCGCGGCACCCGUCAGUUCGGUUUCGCCACUCUUUCACACCUUCCUACGGUGCCACCGUGACUGGGCGCGCGCCGGUGCGUGAUGAAGUUUGUCUCGCCUCGGAGUGCCUCUUGAUCUGCCAAGAUGUAAUGCAUGCGGCCCUCUUGCAGGACAGGCGAGCGCCGAUCAUUCUGCUGAACCCACACGUCCGCGUCGCAUACAAACUCGAGCACUUUAAGCGCGUCAUACAUCACGCGUGGUUCUUCGAGCACCCGUACGUCUACUGGGCCUGGACGCUGGCGCGGAAUAUACAGCUGUGGUUGUCAUUCUCCUCGUCCAGCACGCAGGACAAGAGCGCCUCUACGGAUAGUCUGCGCGAGCUCGGCAGCGCCACGUCGGCGAUGGACGACUGGCUGCACCCCGCCUCAGUCGCUGCUGCGUCAAAGACGGUCAUGCGCACUGUCCAUGAGUUCAAUCUGCAGGACGGGGACGGUCGUGUGACGGCCACCGGCCUCAUCGACAUCCCCACAUUAACCCGAAUGGACUGUGAGUUCCCCAAGCCGGGCUCUAUCAAGUUAGCGAUAGGUGCCCUCUACCCCUUUCUCCGCCUGGGCCAGCUACUCCUUGCGGCGCUGCUGCUGGGGUGGUUGUGCCGGCAGGUGAAGGAGAAUGUAUUGGUCGCGGCACCGUCAGCCGGAGGCGGUGCGGCACGGGCCCACUCGGUCGAGGAGCAGUGGCGGAGCGUGCUCUACUACGCUGUGUGGUACUCACCGCUUGCUCAACGGCUGCGGCGGUGGGCAAGCGGUGGUGCCCUUAGUCGCAUCAUCCAUCCCCUCACUUCCUCGUUGCCAACCCUCCUACAACAGCUGCAUCAUCUGCAGUCUCACCGCUUUGCGAAGAUCUCCCACGCGCGCUCGCGAGUCGGAGCAGUGUGGCAUGCCGUGUGUUUCGCCGUGCAGAAACUGAUGCGGCUGCUCGGCAGGCUGGUUUGCGUGCGGUGGUGGGAUGGCUGUCUCUCACGACGGCGAUCCUUUGCCAACCUGUCUGCGUGGCAGAGCUCCAAGGUACGUCAGCCGUUGCUGCGCAGGAGAAGAGCCUCGCCUGCUAAGUCCAACUAUCUAUCGGCAGCGGUGCCUGCACUGGUAUCCAUAGAUGUCCUUGGAGCCGACCUCGCCAUCACAGGAGGUGGCUAA